CUGGUCUUCUAGUGCUCCUACUCUAUGCGAGGUGCUGACAUGCUGCCCGCAUCCGGUGACAGAAUUGAAGACGGGGCAGCGCAAAGGGGAAGACAACCCACAGCUGAGGCUGUGUUGUACUGCAUAACCAACUAUUGACUUAUGUGGCCUACGGGACCGAUCGUAUGGCCGACAUCCGGUCGGGUUUCUUACGGAUAUACCACAGGUCGAAUACUAAUUCUGAGAUGCAUACUGCAACUCUAGGAGUAAGAGACCAAGCCACUCAGCAAAGGGGUGUGUUGAACUCGUACGAAUGCAUCAAGCAACAUUGGGUCAUCCAAAAGAAAGGAAUAUAGCACGACCGCAAUCGAGAGGCGUAAGCCUUCACAAGUAUAAAACGCGAGACCAGUCCCUCCUUUCACCGACUUCUGACCCAGCCAUCAUCAUCAACCUCGACUGAGAACAGACCAGCAUCACAGCAACCCAAAGCAACCAACCACCAACCAACAAAAUGAAGUCCAUCCUCGCCCUCACCCUCACCCUCCUCCUCCCUUCCACCCUCGCAGCCCCAACUCCAGACCCGGCGCCCCUCCCAGCAGGCUGGACGCCCAUGACCCGCGACGAGGUCCUCCGCCGCGUCAACACCUCCCCAUCGGACCCAGCCGAGGGACUCCUCAAGCGGACUCCCGGUAACGUCUACAUGUGCACCGGCUCCAACUGGACCAACACCUGCGGCGUCGUAACCUUCUCGCUUGACGGCACCUGCAAGACGCUUCCCGAGCCCUUCUUCAAGAGCGUCGGGUCCAUCGGGCCCGACGCCGGCGCCCUGUGCAGGCUGACGACAUCCUCGAGCACAGGCUGCACCCCCCACGGCGACCUGUUCCUGCAGCACCCGGGGUACGCGGACCUGUACAACCACGGCGGGACCGACUACGGACACUCUGCGCAGUUUAUGGAGUGCGUGACCUGCACCGCGUGUACUUAAUGGUAAACACUGUCGUGGACCGCCUUGCUGUUCGCAAGUUGACGAUGAAACGGAAUGAAGGGGAUUCCUCUUUGUUUAGUUUACAGUCUGGAAUCAAUAUAUCAACAUGCCUGCCGA